AGUGGAGUAGACUGUAGCACACCUCUGUGUGUGGGCGACUGUAGCAAAAACGGAAGAUGCAUAAAUGCCAAUGUGUGCAAAUGCAAUAAUGGAUGGACAGGCAGUGACUGCAGUAAGCCAUCCUGCUUUGGUCAUUACAACUGCUCAGGCUAUGGCAGAUGUGUUGGACCUGAACAGUGCAAGUGUGAUGACUACUGGAAAGGAGAUGCUUGUGAUGUACCAUCUUGUGUCUCAAGAAAAAGUGAUGAUGCAUAUGAAUGCAGUGGUAACGGUCAAUGUGUGGGACCUGCCAUGUGUGUAUGCAACAAAGAAUACUAUGGUAUCAAAUGUGAGUCAGAAGUUGUUCUGAUUAUUGGAUCAAUGCCUGCUGAUAUGGCAUUGUCUCUUGGCACAUCGGGAGACAGGCUGGUUGAAGUUGGCAGUAAUGCUACUGAUUUGCUGGCAGGACAGAAUGCCACCUUUGGUUGUUUUGUGACAAGUGCUCCUGCAGCAAACAUUCAACUGUUAAAGGAUGGUCUUCCUUUACAACAGCUGAGAAUGGGCAAUGUGAGCUUUGUGCGUCUUUUCAAUCUGACAGUGUCAGAUGAAGGUGAAUACACUUGUGUGGCUAACAACACACUAAGAAUUGAGUUGAGAAAGUCAAUCAUCUUUGUGUCUCAGCCUCCUGUAAUCCAAGUCACUCAUCUUGCACUCGAUGAAAUAGCUGUUGGUGCUAAUGUGACAGUAAAUGUUGGUGCUCGCAUUGUGUUACGUUGUGAAGCAUCAGGUUACCCCAUACCAUCUCUGUCGUGGACUAUUGAUGGAGUUUCCAUCAACUCUAUGUCUCGUAUUGAAAUCAAAGAAAAUGGUACUUUGCUGAUUGUGUCUAAUGUUCUUGCAUCUGAUUCCAAUAGAUACACUUGCAGUGCGAAGAACAGAGUUAGUGAAACGGAGCAGUCAUCUGUAGUUACAGUGAGGACUUGUGUGUCAGCAUUUCGUCAAUUUUUACAACCAAAAUGCGUUGUGACAAUUCUGCUGCUGGAGAAAUCUGAAACUGUUUUGGCAUCAUUAAGGUCUGAUCAAGCACAACUGUUGCUACAACAAUUAGAGGACAUAAUGACAAGGCAAGGCAUUGGGGUUGAUGUAAAGAACUUGUAUGGUGUGGUUACAUUUGGGGACAGAGCAGAGCCUCGUAUCUUGCAAGCAGGUUUUCCCUUGUCGGAUCUUUUUGGUGUCCAAGCUGUGCCAUCUGCUUUGCAACAACUUACCCAUAGGUCAACUUUAACACAGUCUGAUGGUUAUCAGGCAUUGUUACAUGCUUUGGAGGAAAUAGAAAUGGGAGCGAGCAUUAAGAGUCAAUGUGCAAGCAACUUAUUGCUUGCAACUGCUCAUCAUAGGACAGCUAAUAUCAUGAUUAAUUUUCCUACAUUAAGGAGAAGAUUGUGCAAGCAUCAGCCUUUUAUGAUUACUAGUUUACUGAAUGUUGAAUUUAUUACAAGGAAUAGUUCACAAGUUAUCAUGGGCAUAGAUUGGAAUGGCAACUUCUAUGGCGUUUCUUCUCAAUUUGAUGAUACCCUGUUACUGCGUAGAAACAUUCAGUUUUUGCCUGUUCAAUACUCUACAUGCUUGUCACUGAAUCACUAUGGACGACUAUCUCUAUAUUUCCACGGGUCUGUGUGGGACAUCAGUCGACUCAACACAACAGUGGAACAGAAGGCUUUAGUUUAUGCCACUGUGUCAUCUCUACAACGCUUGACAUCAUGUGAGGAAUGCACAUGCUCAAAGGAUGGAUUACCACGAUGUGUACACGUGAAGAAUUCAUCUUAUUGUCAAUGCAGACGUAAAGGUGACACGGUGGACAGCUGUGCACUUGCAGCUGAAAGAAUUUGUGUUCGAAGUCCCAGUCAGAGAUAUUUUCUGGACAUACCUUCUACUUGUAAAGUCAUCACUUGACUGUAGCAGCAGGAGUGACAGACAAGAACGACAUGGACUCUUUUACAUGACUGUAGCUAAUAUAAGUAGCUACAGUGACAUGGAGGUUUUGUUUUUUUUUGUUUGGUGUUGCAUGUUUACGGAUCACACAAAACGAUUUCGGCUUCGUCAAUAGCUGGAGAAAAUGAGAUAAAGAGUG